UAGAUUAUCGUCCUGGCUGUGGAGAAAGCGUCCGCCGCCAUGGCCGUCGCUGCCCAGAGCGACCCAGCGGCGUCUCCCGCGCGGAAGACCCCCGAAGAUCUUCCCGCGGUGCGGCCGGUGGCACCGGUGGCCAACGUGGCCGUUGCCAAUGUGGGCCAGGUGUCCAAGAACUUGUCUGAAGAGGGCAACGAGGUCAUGCGGCCUGUUCCAGUGCGGAGCAUCAAAAAAGUCGUCAGGACGUCAACUAGAGUGGUGCACACAGUACAAACACCACUGGAGAGAGAAAUCGAAAGCAUCGAGGGUCUUCGCCAAUUUUCGCAGAAGCCACCCGCUGAGGUCUCAGGCCGAGUAUCUGUCUUGACGCCCACCACAGCGUCCCGAGCGCGUUUCCAUGAGCAGCUGUGGCAGUGCUUCGUGGACCAGACUUGGCCUGAUAAGGAGCUGGUCGUAGUGGAAACCUACACCAAGAAGGAGAAGCCUUCUGAAGUCUUCACCAAACUAGUCAAGGCGAAGGAACCGCGACUGAAAUAUCUGGGACUCCAAGUGGAGAACGAAGACUUCACGGUCGGCGCCAAGCGAAAUAUGACAGUGCUCAUGAGCAGCGGACAGUACUGUGUGAACUUUGAUGAUGAUGACUUGUAUGCCACUGUCUAUGUGGAGCGCAUGGUGAACGAGCUUAGACAGAGAAGUUUGGUCGCGCUGACCCUCUCUGCAUGGCACAACUUCUUCGAGUCCAACGGUCGCUGUGGAUAUUCCACUCCCGACUGCUGGGACCCCGAGGAUCAUGAAGAGUACGAGGGCAUCCUCUAUGGUUAUGGCUUUAGCUAUGUUUACCUCCGGGCCUUGGCGCUUUCAUUUCCAUAUCCCAACUUAGGGUUCGCAGAGGAUGCACCCUUCAUGUUGGGGCUUCGAGAGAAGAUGGGUCCUGGCCGUGUAGGGCUGAAAGAAGAUGCGGAGGGACUGUGCCUGCACAUAGUACAUCCCAGCAGCAGCACACCAGACCCAGAGAUUGAGACAAUGCUUACGGAGGAGGAAUUAAAUGGCUUAGUGGUGUCGGAUUCAAUGGCAUUUCGACUACAUCUCAAGCGGCCUUGGUUUCCGUCGAUUUGGUCCUCUUGCUGACUCCCUUGACAUCACUUGGCCUAUUUUGCACAUUUAUCGCCGAGUGAAGCCUGAUCCGUUGAGACUUUUCCGCCCGGCAAUGGCCGGAAGCAUCUCGCCACUCAUUGGGGUGGCGGCGGUGAGGAAAGCACCAAUUGGAUCGACAGCGCGGCGUGG